GACGCGUCGACGAUGGAGGCGCGCGGGCCCGCGAUCACUGAGCCCCAGACCAGCCGAUCCGAGGGCGUAGGCUCCGUCGCGGGCAUCUCGGGGGAGCUGUCCGCAGCGGCCGAAGCGCCCCUGCGAAACCUCGGCCAGCGCGAGAUGGCCGAGCCCCUCGUCCCAGACGGCAGGCUCGCCCAGCGAAUCACCAAAUCGACGCGCGCGCAUGGUCUACUGCAGGAGACGCCCCAGCUGAUUGAAAUGUCAGAGCUGGUUUUGCCAGCGGCUCACUUGCGAAGGCGCGCCAGGACGCGCGCGGAGCUGGGGGCGCGCUGGAUCAAGGGGCAAAGCGGCAACAUUGGCAAUGGGCAAGCUGACUUAUUGGCCCAGCGGGGAGCGGACAAGAGGUGCUCGGGCCUACACUGGGGGCGCCCUCAUCCAGGGCGCGAGUGGGGCGCGGCGGGGCGCCGCCAGCUUUGCCGGGAGCGAGCGCGGACUCAGUCUGCGGCCCGCAAUUGCAGGUGCGCCGAGAUUGCGCGCGAAGACGGCGGCGACACCCCGGCCGGCCGGCCGGGCCCGCCGUUGGCCGAGGCAGACUACCAGAGGCAGGGCGUCCCAUCAAUCACCGUUUUGACGGAGGGCACUGCCGCUGGCGCAGCCGCGGCAGGCGUCCCAGGGCUGCUCUACUUGGAGCGCCCGAAGCAGCUGCGCAUGCGGGAGACUGAUCUACGCGCGCGCCACCUGCUGGGCCCGCCAGCGAUGAAG